AUGGUAAUACACAUUGAAGGAUCAAAUUAUGUUCAAUCGGCUAUUCUACCACAUUAUAUACAAGCUACACAUAAAGAAGACUUACUUUUCGAUUUAGAUUUAAACUAUCUUUUCAAUCUUGGUAUAGUUACAUUUGAGAGAGUGCUCGGAUUGAUUGAAACAUUGAACCAACAAGAACAGCAACAACAAAAUAAUAUAGCAAUAGUAGUACAAAAACAACAGGAAACAACUUUCACAAUUUUAAAAUAA